AUGGUCUUCCUGUCUCUCAACCAUAAACUAUUUAUUUGGUACUUAUUAAAGAAUAAUAUCGUAUGGACUGUUAAGGGAGAAUCAAGUGGUAUGUCUCUACUUGAAGUCGGUUUGUUAAGUGGUUACACGGUGGAUGAAGUUCCUCUUAAUGAAAAUAAACUCAUAAAAAGAAUGGAAACAGCGAAGAAAAAAUUCACCUUAUAUAUUGAUGAGGUGGGCAAUAAACCAAUAUGUAUCAAACUGCGAUUAGUGAAAGCAGAAAUUAUUGGAAAAUUAAAACCCGGUUUUAUCAGCAUAAUAGAUUACUAUAAUCCAGAAAAUAGUGCUACAGCUUCUUAUAAAUCUACAUUGGGUGAAGGUGCUCCAGUGUGUGCUCUCUGUCCACAAGGAGCCUGCGGAGAUUGUGUG